AUGACCAAACUAGAAAGAGUUUACAAUCGGUUUGGCGAGCCUGCUCGCGUUGACCCGUUGUCGCAGUUGUUUGUCGACGCCCAGCAUCCAUACAUCAAUAACAAAAGCGUCAAGGACACCGAGGAUCUUCCAAAUUCCGUUGUAUUACCAGAGAAAGCCUUUGAGGGCUGGGAGAAGUUCUCUGUUCACUGCGGUGUGGCAACUAUCAUUGAGUUACGUUACGGCAUGUCCAUGCAACCUCAUCAAGGUACCGCAUCGGCUCACCCUGUACCGCACACACAGUAUAUCGAGGAUGGCAAAACAAUUUAUAUGUCCUUGUUCUUGAACUUUGUUGAAGAGCGAACCAACAAGAAACUUCCCAGACUUGUCGUUGGUGACCUCGUCGACGCCGAAAUCAAUAUUGGUACUGGCUACGUCCAAUCGGAACAUACCUGGAAGGAUCGCGUCGUCCAUCCCACUCUCUGUACUGGCACAGGACAGAUCUGCAUCGUCGCAGAUCGUCCUUACAGUAAAGAGGAGGGUAUACUUGACGCGAAGCCGUACACCACCUUGACGGUCAAACAAAUGGAAACCACGACUCCCGAGGAACUGGGUGACUGGGCCUCUCAAAACCAAGAUCUGAAAAUCAUUGUGAUCAAGCGCGAACACAUUCUCGAACAGUUCCGCACUUUCUCCAUGUGCAAGGACCACUUUCGAUACAAGACUUCGUCCCUCUUUGAGAUUCUACAUCCCGAAGAUUACGCUCGCGUUCUGGAUGCUCUGCGUUCUUCACUUCGCAGCUACCAAAUGGAACCAAUCAACCACUGGCUCAAUCAAGGCGUCACUUCCAACAUUGUAGCUCUUGCAGGCAUCUCGGGCUCUGGCAAAACGUACACUAGUAUCAGUGCUCUCUGUGGCCAUACCUUCCGAAUCAAGGUCGAUAGUGAAAAGAGAGCCAUGCAGGAGGAAGAUUUUGCUUGGUUGGCCAAUGAGUCUGCGCACGCAGGAAAUCUUGCCAAGGAGGUUUGUGCAGGCCCCCAACGUUCUGAUGGCAUGACGCAAGAGUUCGAAGCUGGCCGCAUCACUCAUGCCAGCAUCCAGAACGAGACUGUCGAUCAUAAUUAUGAGAUCUUGUGCGACAGGCUCAAUAGAAUUUGCGAGAUCACCAAAGCUCCCUCGAAGCUUGUUGUCCGCCUACACUCAAUCCGGUCCGACCCCAAGACCAUUCAUAUAAACCUGGAGCUUGGUGGAACGGUGAAUAUGGCGCUAUUAGAGCAUUAUACCCGCGUCAUGCGUACUAAUAAUCCAGGUAUAACCGACAAACGUAUCCACACUGUGCACGGCUCACUGUCCUACGUGAUACUUCAGCUGGCAAGACUCACUGGCAUUCCGUUCACUAACGAAGUCGCCAACACUUGGAACGAACAGGAUCGAAAUACCAUUGCGAACGAGCUUUCCUCCAUCUGCUACGCUUGCAAUGAGUACCAAGCCGAUGGCCAGAUAUCUGAAGACACUCGAAAGCAGGUGAAGCGAGAUCUCAUGAUUGGCUAUCAGGUUGUCAUCCAACGUGCCUCGGUUGUUUGCAGCACUCUUGUCCUCGUAAAAACAGGCAACUUUCAAAUACAUGACAAGGCACAUGCCAUCGCACUUGAGGAGCCUGGACGUGCUAUCGAUUUGGACAUUGCCACUCUCCUCUCGGCCCACUGGGCUUGCGACCUCAUCAUGUUAGUAGGCGACGACCCAAAGCUUGACAACCCAUUCCAAUCCCAGCUAUGCCACUCUACCUUCAGCCGGCUGAACUACACUGGCUUUCCCAUCCCGGUGCUCACUCACACUUCACGUUUCACGAGCGAUCCUUUCCUCUUACUCUGUAGACGUCUUAACAACGAGCCACGCAUACCUGCAGUACCAGGUUCUUUUAAGACAGAGCUUGAGAACGAGGCCAAGCGGCGGGACAUGAACGGAUCCUGGUACUCGAUCCAAACCGCCCUCACUGCUGUGCAUGACGUGGUCCGACGCCUCCAAGACAUCCCGGGCGAGAAUUUGAUGGUAAUUAUCGCGUACAAUGCUCAGCUGUCCCUUCUGAAGUCAUUGCGAGACACCGCCCACCGCAACGCAGUCGCAGCUGGUAAUACAACUCUGGCGGAUCAACUCUCUAGAGUCAUGUUCAUCACCGUUGACUCAUCAAUGGGAAAGGACCGCGAGCAUAUUGUAUUCGAUUCUGCUGGACAUGCGGACGGGCUUCUCUGGCGUCAAUCACAUACCCUUGUUGCCGGAACGCGUGCCCGAUCGAGCUUCAUCUUCAUCGGUCCAACGUAUCAUUACGGCUCGAGAUCUCAAGGCAAGGAUCGACCUAAGAGCACGCUGUAUAUCUAG